AUGGGCGCCCGCAGAGGGGGAGGGGGGGAGGUUAAUUGCCCUGAGAAAGAUUCCUGCAAACACCCAUGCGGUCUGAUCGCCGUACUUGUUACUUAUCUACCUAAGGACCUAAAGUAUGCAACUUACAACCAUAAAGACCUGAUCCAGGGUUGUUACCCAUUGGAUGGAGAGCAGAAUAAUCUGUUGAAGUUUGAUGGUCACGCUUCUUACGGAGGCUGAAAAAUUUUGUGUGUGUGUGUGGAUUGUGAAACAUUUUUGUUGGUUAUCGUCUACUAAACAAGAUUAGUCAUCGAUCAAUACCAACCGUAUUUGCCAAGAGGUUAGUGCUAAAUUAAAAAGAAAAUCAUAAAUAGGGUAUCUGCUUCACUGAGUUUGUUUUGUACUAUAUAAUUCUGCUCUCAAUAACAGUGUAGAUUUGGUAUGCAUACAUAUGUAUAUGUGUGCGAUUCUUGUCGAUCUUAUUAAAGGAUAAUUGAGUUAUUUAAAAAAAGCAUUUUUGAUGUAAGUUGUGAUUAUGUGACUGUUCAUUGAGG